AAGCCAGUGUGGGCCGUGACUAAUGCUGGGCUCUUCGAUCGUUCAACUAAUCGAUUACUUGCAAACAAGAUUCUCACCUCCAUUGUCACGUGUGCCACUGGGCGAUGGGCGGGGCUUGGUGGUGGGCGAUGGGCGGGGCUUGUUGAUGUCAUCGGCGUAAACUGGCCGCCUCACGCUGGGCGUGCCUCGAAAGGGGGUCCCCCCCCCCCCCAUCCGAGAGGAACCGGAGUGGGACCUGUCCCACGGGGACCAUAACCCUGCCAUUAACAGCAUUGCAAACUCAGCAACUUUGCCAUGAGACCAAGAGACCUUUGGGUUCUCCGAGCGCCAACAUUUGUCAAAGGUCACCAGUCUUAAUGUUUCGUAUGCGCCUCUUGCUGUACUGCCCUACACUCACAGCCAGUGCAGUGGUUAGCCUAUGUCGACCAUUAUGUAUGUGGAUGAUCUGGCAAUUGCUAUUGGAGAUGCUACUGCUGAACCGACAGCGUGCGACUAAGAGAUGGGUCCUCACCAUCCCCCAUCAAUCCUCUCCCCAUGAGUGACGGGGCAGUUGUGGAGAGAGUGGAUACUUUUUAGUACCUCGGCAGUUUGCUUAUGACUGACUCCGGUUUGGCAGCCGAGGUCUCACUCCAAAUCAACCAAGCGGCAUUGUCUUUUCAUCAGCUGCAUAACGCAGUGUGCAAGUUACCUGGUAUAUCACUCCAUACGAAGCUCUGGGUCUUCUCGGCCAGUUAUACGCUCCCGUUUCUAUCCUUGUGAAAAGUGGAGUCCUCUAAAGGAACAUUUGCACCGGUUUGAACCAUUCAGGCUGGCCUGCCUAGAUAAUUCCUGGGUUUAACCAGACUGGAGUGUGAGGAGCUCACAGAUCCUUUAAAUAUCUGGACACAUUCCCAUCAGUGAGCUCCUUCGGCAAGCGAGGCUGCGUUGGUUGGGACAUGGAGUCUGCAUACCCAGCUUCUGCUUACCCAGAGAGAAGGGGAUAACAGGUGCAGCACGGCCGAGAGAAGAGAUUGACUGAUAGGUGACAGAAUUAUGUGGAGCUGAUUGGACUUGUAGAUGACUGGUAUCAGCGAUGUCAAGAUCGGCCUCUGUGGAGCAACAACGAAGGGGAGAGGAGCAACGCACAAAACAACGAACAGACCGCCGGGCAGCUAAAACGCUGCUAUUUGGCAGUGUGGAGCAGAGUUUAUACAUCUGCCAGUCAUCUCAGUUCGUCAGUCCACAGCACCUGGGUCUGUCCCGUGACCUGCUGCCAGCGAGCCUUCGACACUUUAAAGGCCCCAAAGUGCACCUCGCAUGGCACAGGCUCCAUUGUGACGUCACCGCCACUUAGUGGCGAACGGAAGCUGUUGAUACACGUUUAGAGUAAGUAAACGGAUCUCUAAAACAUUUUAAUAUUAAAUUCUGUACUGGACAAAAAUCACAAGCAAUAGAAAGCGUAGUAAAUUAAUGCAUGCGCACACGGGCAGCCCUUUAGCCACUCCACUGCUAGAUGAGGGCCUCCCCACACCGUGUGGGUCAUGGGGAUUAUGUUGACACACUUUUCCACUGGUACAUCCGAGCUGCGCUCGCACGGGACCUUCCCGGUAUGGGUAGUUUUCCACUGGAUGUUUGACAUGCCAAGCCAGACCAUGGUACACCGGCCUCACCAAGGCAUCUAAAUGUGGUUCGGGUCCCAGCAGGGCCAGGGGUGGGGCUAAUAACCCGUUCAUUGCCUGACGUCAGUCAGUACGCCGUAAGUACAGAGCCUCACUGCGUCAUCUACACGCGUCUCCACUCGUUCACCCUGGGCCCUCUCUCCCGCAAUCUGCCCCCCUCCCCCUGUCCUCGCGUUAUCUGCCGAGCGUCGAGGCAGCGGAUGAAAAGGGGGCGAGCCGCAUUUGGCAUCGCGAGGCCUCCGGGUCAGGGAGAGGGAAGGGGAGAGAGGGAGGAGGCCACCCGAGUCUGGAUCAGCUAGGAGGAGGAGAGCAUAAGUGUGGAGACGCGAGGAGUGCGGGGACACCGAUGGCUUCCUCCUGCGGCCGAAACGUCCGCCUCCUGUGGUCGGUGCUGCUACUCUCCAGCGCGUGCCACGCCAACGUGUUCCUACAGCGGCGCCAGGCGGCGAUCGUCCUGGCGCGGGCGCGGCGCGCCAACAGCGGCUGGGAGGAGCUGCGCAAGGGGAACCUGGAGCGCGAGUGCAUGGAGGAGCGCUGCAGCUUCGAGGAGGCGCGCGAGGUGUUCGAGAACAUCGACGCCACGAAUGACUUCUGGAACAAAUACUCGGACGGAGACCAGUGCAGCUCCAACCCGUGCAAGAAUAAUGGCGUCUGCAAGGACGGGAUCAACCAGUACACCUGCGACUGCCUCAGCGGCUACGACGGGAACACCUGCGAAAUCUCCAAGCUGGGCUGCACCUUCCGUAACGGCGGCUGCGAGCACUUCUGCCAGGGCUCGGACGAGCAGUUCUCCUGCUCCUGCGCCAAGGACUACAAACUGCUCGACGAUGGCAAGUCCUGCCGGCCUAUGGUGCCCUUCCCGUGUGGCAGAAUCCAGGUUCAGAAGCCUCGGUCGAAGCGAGAGGCUUCAUCCGUCACAGUGGAGACGCCGGUCCAACCCGUGCCCCCUCACUCCACGGUGUCCGACAACAGCAGCUACAUUGCAGAGGGGUCCGAGGGGGACUUGCGCAUCGCGGGGGGAGAAGAAUGCCCCCUCGGGGAGUGUCCCUGGCAGGUUCUGAUUCUGGACAAGAAGGGUGAAGGCAUUUGUGGCGGAACCAUCCUCAACCGGGAGUGGGUCCUGACGGCCGCCCACUGCAUCCCAUACGAGCCCGACAUCGUCAUCGUCGGUGAGCACAACCGCACGGUGUCCGAGCCCACGGAACAGAAGAUAUCCAUCAAGCAGAUGGUGAUGCACAACCGCUUUAGCAUCGCUACCAACGACAACGACAUCGCGCUGCUGCAGAUGAGCGAGCCCAUCAAGUUCAACAAGUACGUGCUGCCCGCCUGCCUGCCCGAGCCGGACUUUGCGGACAACGUGCUCAAGGAGGAGCUGGCUCGCAUCAGCGGCUGGGGUAUCCUGGGCAAGCGCAGGUUAAAGGCCGAAGUGCUGCAGACGUCCUUUGUACCGUACCAGGACAUGGCACGGUGCAAGGAAUCGAGCAGCUACACCAUCACCAAGAACAUGUUUUGCGCCGGCUACAGCGACUCGAAGACGGACGCGUGCCAGGGCGACAGCGGCGGCCCCCACGUCACGCCCUAUGCCAACACGUGGUUCUCCACCGGCAUCAUCAGCUGGGGCGAGGGCUGCAACCGCAAGGGAAAGUUCGGGAUCUACGCCCGCGUCUCACGCUAUUUGCCCUGGAUCGACACGGUGAUGAAGAACUACAGCGUCUACAAGGACGAAAUCCCCACCGCUGGGCGCAAUCUCCGGCGUAGCCGCCAGAACUGAGCACAGGCGCCGGCAGAUGAUCGGGGAGGUCGGGGGUGGGGGUGGGGGGACAAAAACGAUGCCACAAUGGGAGAGUUCGGGAGUGGAAAAUGGUGGGGAUACGUUUGAGAAAUAAUCCACAAGGUGCACGAAGUUGAGUAUGGGUUUUAGUUGCAGUAUACUGUUGUGUUGAUUUAAGGGUGUCUUGAAAGGAUGAACUUGAUAACCCACAACUCCUUGGAGGAAUGAGGGUCUUGUUGACAGUAGGAGGACUGAGUGAAUGGAAUGCGUGAAUGGUUAAGUUUGCUGUGUGGCCAUCUGUGGGCGCACGAUACUCUGACGAUCACGCGUGCGUCGUCAAGGGUUCCAACGAAAGCCAGUGUGGGCCGUGACUAAUGCUGGGCUCUUCGAUCGUUCAACUAAUCGAUUACUUGCAAACAAGAUUCUCACCUCCAUUGUCACGUGUGCCACCGGGCGAUGGGCGGGGCUUGGUGGUGGGCGAUGGGCGGGGCUUGUUGAUGUCAUCGGCGUAAACUGGCCGCCUCACGCUGGGCGUGCCUCCAAAGUGGGUUUUCCCCACUUUGGGAGCCUGCAGCUUAUGGGGGCGGCCUGCCAUUUAAAAGAGGCCCGAGUACCGUAUUUUCCCGCAUAUAACCCGUGGGGUAUACCAAUUUUACAAAUGAAACAAGACCCUACGGGGUAUAAGGAGGUGCGGGCUAUCCCAAAAGUAUUUUACACGUGUGACAUGUCAUAACUCGUUUAAUGUUUUCAUGGUAGGACUAUCCACUAUGCAACACUUACCUUUGACUGAAGCACUGCUGAAUAAACCACUCAC